AAAGCUGAGUUAGUCACGUGUCGGGAAUACCCGCGCAAUAACUGUACAGCUCGAACUUUCCUCGACUCCAGAGUCUCGCACUUGAAAAUGGCCGAUACUAAGACCGCCCCAACAAACCCCAUGCGGGAAUUAAAGGUUGACAAGCUGGUCAUCAACAUUGCUGUGGGCGAAUCCGGUGACCGUCUCACUCGUGCCUCCAAGGUCUUGGAACAGCUUACGGGACAGACUCCCGUCGCGUCCAAAGCGCGCUACACCGUCCGACAGUUUGGUAUUCGCCGUAACGAAAAGAUUGCCGUGCACGUCACGAUUCGAGGGCCUAAAGCUGAGGAGAUUCUCGAACGUGGACUGAAAGUGAAGGAGUACGAGCUCCGUCGUGGGAACUUUUCGGACAUGGGUAACUUUGGGUUUGGGGUUCAGGAGCAUAUCGAUCUGGGAGCGAGGUAUGAUCCUGGUAUUGGUAUUUUUGGGAUGGAUUUCUAUGUUGUGAUGUCUCGACCUGGGGCGAGGGUUUCGAGGCGGAGAUGCAAGAAGAGCAGGAUUGGGUAUCCGCAUAGGGUGAAGAAGGAGGAGACUCAGGCUUGGUUCAAGCAGCGCUUUGAUGGCAUCAUUCUUAAAUAAAUUCAUCUCGCUGUUCUAUGCUAUACUUUUACCUGCACCUCCCCCUCCUCAACUAUCCUACAUGCAUAUGCGUCUAUCAUGACUCAAUGACCAUCCUAUGUGGUUUCUGUUUCUGGAUGUGUUAUCGUGCUUUUAUAGCUUUCCACUUUAGCUCAUGCAACACUUGUCUGCAUUCAUCAGUCUCAAUCUCGGUGAAUGCCUAGCAACGGUAUUCUUCAUCUUUAAACAAGAAUCUUGGGAAGCAUGCCGUCAUUCAGUGCAUCAUGCCCCUUGCUUGGUGCAGAAUGCGAUUGCAAUCGUUAAGGGGUGUACCGAUCCCUGGCUUGA